AUGUCUAGCACAGAUCUCGACUUGGAAAACAUACCCAGCAUAGACUUGCAAACUUUCACCCAUGCCUCUGUGUCCAAGCAGGGCGACAAGUACUGGUUCUUUGAGAAAAGCGAGGAAUCCUUCCCUGGACAGACGUUUGGGUUGGAAAUCUCGCGGAUCUUGUACCAUACCGAGUCUCCCUUCCAGGACAUUCUUAUCUUUGAGUCCACCACUUUUGGCAAUGUGUUGGUUCUCAACGGCAUAGUUCAGUGCACAGAAAAGGACGAGUUUGCCUACCAGGAGUUGAUAACCCAUUUGCCUAUCAUGUCCCACCCUAGCCCCAAGAAGGUAUUGGUCAUUGGGGGAGGAGACUGUGGAGUCAUCAGAGAACUUGUGAAGCAUGUCGAGGACAACACCGUCGAAUCUAUCACCAUGGUAGAGAUCGAUGACAUGGUGAUCAAGUUGUCGACCAAAUUUUUGCCCAACAUGGCCAAGUACCACAACCACCCCAAAGUGAACUUGAGAAUCGAAGACGGCUUCAAGUUCUUGAAGGAAACCACCGAGAAGUUCGAUGUUAUUAUCACCGAUUCGUCGGAUCCCGAAGGUCCCGCAGAGGAAUUCUUCCAGGUCAACUACUUUAAGUUAUUGUUAAACGCAUUGGCCAAAAAGGGCAUUGUCAUCAUGCAGAGCAGCGAGAAUAUCUGGCUCAAUAUCGACUACUUGAAAGACUUGCUUGUUAAGGCACGAAUUGUGUUUAAAAACGUUGCAUACAGUCAGUGCUACAUGCCUAGUUAUACCAGUGGACAGUUGGGUUUAGUUAUAGCUACUAAUGAUGAAGAAAAGACAUUGCAAACCCCAUUGAGACGGUUCCUGGAGGAGAAGGAGAGCCAGAUUUUUCAGUAUUACAGCCUGGAAAUUCAUAGUGCAUCGUUUGUGUUGCCAAAAUGGGCUAAGAAUAAGUUGGAUCUAUAG